AUGUUAAAUAACUAUAUAAUAAGGGAACAAAUUAAAUCACUCUUAUUUAUUAACGUUGCUGGUUUUAUGCUUUUAGGUUGUAUAUAUCCUUUUUGCAGUGAUUCUAGCAUAUUUAAUAAAUCUUUGGACGAGAACUUUCACUUUCGUAAAACAUUAAAGGGAAGAACUUACCGUUUACUAACAAAGCAUAAACAAGAUGAGGAUUCAGAUAUUGCAAAUAUAAAAGAAGUUAUGGCAUAUAAUAAAGUGAAUGAAAAAAAAAACAGGUGUAAUAAUAAUGAAGAACUCACAGGGAAAAACAAAAUUUAUGAUGUACGUUUAUUAAAUAAUUCUCGGGGCGAUAAUAAAGAUAAGCAAAGUAAAUCUUGUAUAUAUGAAACAAAGGAAUAUUCCCAUCUUGAAAAAAAAAUAUUCAAGAACCUUGAUUACAUAGAUUUUAUUAAAAAUAACAAGACAAUUAGUGAUAAGUUUUACAAAAAAAUAAUACGUAAAAAAUACGGAUUACGACUUGUUUUACCAUUAAUAUUGUUCUUAUUGUUAUCAUUUUGCCUCAUAUUAAAUUUUUCAUUGGAUAUGGCACUUAAAAAAGGGUUAUUGAAUGUAUUUAGUUCUUGGUCCAGUUUUACAAAUUUAAAAAGCACUUUGGAUACUAUAGGAGAAGGAACUUUAGGAUUUUUUUGGAAAGCUAUAUUUGGUACAGGGGUUAAUUCAUUAAGUACGUUAUAUGUAAUUAUAAUAUAUUUCUUACCUAUCUUCAUAUUGGGUGUCAUAUUUUUAAUGGCAACCUUUUAUUAUCAUAAGAAAGUUAAGAAAUAUGAAAAAAUUAAGUUCAGAAAAAGGUAA